GUGAUUACACACCUACCUACGCUGCUCCGCUGCUGGCACUAUUAUAGCGCGGGAGUUGUCGCGGAUCAUUGCCGUCGCUAGCAUAGCGCCAACUGCAUCGGCUGAAGGAUUCCAUUCAUGUGGGCACGCUACCAUGUAAGUCAUCUCCUCGCUAGUCCAGAUACCUGGUGGAUCUGCAACACGCCACCUCGACCGUAUCGUGGUAAAAACGUGGAAAUAUGAUGUCUUGCAUGUAGGUGGUAAUAGUUACCUUGAUCUUAAUCAUACAGUACCACGUUUUGUUGUGCCGCAACGUGGAAGCAUAUCAUCAUAGUGCCGAUUGCUGUCAUCAUACGUGCCCUUAUUAGGCAGCUCAGUCACACACCUGCUUACACGAGUAUGGGAUUAUACAAUUAGACAUCUCAUUGCAUCCCAGGUGACUUGAUACACAACAUCAACAACAUGGCAUCACCAACUGAGACCCCUCCGCCACCAACCCCAACUUUCUUAAAGCUGUCCUACCCAGCCCCAAGAGUCCUCUUGGUGCGUAUGGAUCGGCCAAAGGACCUCAACGCCAUGUCAACCACGGGGCAGUGGGAAAUGGACUCGGUAUGGAAGUGGUUUGACCAGGAGCCACGCCUCAGCGUAGCCAUUAUCACAGGCACCGGUCGAGCCUUUUCAGCAGGUGCCGACCUCAAGGAAUGGAAUAACUCUAUGUCUGAUGAUGCAGACCCCAAAAACCGUAUGGGAAAUGCGCCGGCCUUCAAGCCCCUAAGCCGCCGGCUCGGCAAGAAACCCGUGAUCGCCGCCGUAAAUGGUCUGGCAAUGGGAGGGGGCUGUGAGUUCGUCGUUAACUGCGAUCUUGUCGUAGUAGCCGAUGAUGCCUACUUUGGCCUUCCAGAGGUGAAAAGGGGUCUUGCGGCUAUAGGAGGCGCUCUCCCCCGGCUGAUACGCACCAUCGGACUUCAACGGGCGUCCGAAUUCGCGAUGACAGGCCGGAAGGUCACGGCACAAGAGAUGUAUCAAUGGGGAGUUGUCAACAAGGUGGUACCAAAAGACCAGGUUGUAGCCGAGGCUGUGAAAUACGCCGAAGCCAUAGCCCAGAACAGCCCAGACGCCAUCAUCUGCACGCGCGCGGGGCUACGCCAGGGGUGGGAGACGGCCAGUGUAGAACGGGCAGUAGAAUGGACACUGGAGAAGGAAUUCGCUGAGCUACAACGGGGUGAAAAUAUCCUUGAGGGGCUCAAAGCAUUUUCGGAAAAGAGGGAGCCACAAUGGAAAGCAAGCAAGCUCUAAUAGUGUACUGUUCCGCUCCUGACCACGAUCUGAAGGCAUCUAGUUCUAAUAUAGCAUAUUUCUAAUACCACUCUGUAGAUUACUUUUACACGUGUAUAUCCAAGAUAGACGGCUUUAUAGUAUGUACUACAUAUAUAAACUAUGCUUAUA